GGAUAAAGCCAGUGAGCGAUAACACCUGGACUCAUGGGUUUUAGGAUGCGGUCCCUGAAGAAGACAGUGCUGCUCGCUGUCCUGGUGUCUGUGGUGCUCGUGUUGGCUCUCCUCCACUCAUGGCCCACUCGGGCUUACACCACAGUGGAUAUAUGGCAGAGACCUGGGCUACCAGGAGAGAGACAUCCAGAAGAAAAGCUCCUAGAACCCGAUCACCAGUUAGGCAACAUCCCUUUUCAUGUCAAGGAUGGUGUAGCGAGCUUGCUGGCACGUAAUGGGUGUGUAUGUGAGGGCGAGAGCGGAGGAGUUAACCUGCCCUUUGCCCAACUCUUGUUUCCGCGGGUGUCGGCUCACCUGCUGCACACUGCCUUUGAUGCCUCGGAGCUGGAGGAAAUGAAGAAGAGACGGGCCAAAGAGUACAGAAGCUUUCAGAGCAGAUCGAAGACUCCAGCAGACGCUCUCAUUAUCGCAGAGGCCAACAGUCCCCUGCAGUAUCCAACACAGGGGCUGGAAGUACGGCCUCUGAAAACAACCAUUGUCCCAGGCUUGGCCUUACACGAUGUCCCCAGAGACAAUUACUCAAUAAACAUCACUGCCACACUGGGAACACUAAACGUAGCAGCAGAAGUAGAGGGGGUGAAAAUUAAAGGUGACGGCGAGAUGCACAUGACCCUUUCGAGCGUCUUGCUGCUGAACCUGAACCGACAGCUGCAGUUCGUCACCUACACCAACACGCUGUUUCAUCCGAGCACCUCAGACACAGUGCAGUUUGAGACAGAAGGACAUCAAGCCGCCUUCAGCAUCAAAAUCCGUCACGGAGUGACCCCAAAACUUUACAACACUGGAUCUAAAGGAGAGUACAACGUCAGCGCUCUUGUGACUGUAGCUACAAAGACCUUCCUGCGGUAUGAAAAGCUUCAGAAUCUAAUUGACAGCAUCAGGAGAUACUAUCCCACCAUCACCAUAGUGAUUGCUGACGACAGCGAAAAACCCAAAACAAUAUCCGGGCCCUACAUCGAGCACUACAUCAUGCCCUUUGGAAAGGGCUGGUUCGCAGGGAGAAACCUUGCCGUUUCCCAGGUGACCACAAAAUAUGUGCUCUGGGUGGAUGAUGAUUUCAUCUUCACAGCCAACACCAAGUUGGAGAAGCUCGUGGAUGUUUUAGAAAAAACCACUCUGGAUCUGGUUGGUGGUGCAGUGCGGGAAGCCACGGGGUACACCGCUACCUACCGACAGACCAUCUCCAUCGAGCCAGGAGAGGAGGACGGUGACUGUUUGCACAUGAGGAGAGGAUUUCAUCACGUCAUAGAGGGUUUCCCCAACUGUGUUGUGACAGACGGGGUCAUAAAUUUCUUCUUGGCACGCACCGACAAAGUCCAGCAGGUUGGCUUUGACCCCCGCCUCGCCAGAGUGGCUCACCUGGAGUUUUUCAUCGACGGUCUCGGAUCUCUCCACGUGGGCUCUUGCGACGAUGUCAUCAUCAGUCAUGCAACAAAGAUCAAGCUCCCGUGGGUCAGCCAGUCGGAGAGCGACAAGACUUACGCCAAGUUCCGUUAUCCGCCUGCCUCGUCGGACGCCACACGCACAAAAAAUGGCCUCCUGUUCUUCAAGAACCGAUUUCAAUGUUUGACUCACAAUUAG